AUGGCAGAGCUGCAGCAGCUGCAGGAGUUGGAGAUCCCCACGGGCCGGGAGGCCCUGCGGGGCAACCACAGCGCCCUGCUGCGCGUGGCCGAUUACUGCGAGGACAACUACGCACAGGCCACGGACAAGCGGAAGGCGCUGGAGGAGACCAUGGCCUUCACCACCCAGGCGCUGGCCAGCGUGGCCUACCAGGUGGGCAACCUGGCCGGGAACACAGUGCGCAUGCUGGACCUGCAGGCGGCCGCUCUGCGGCAGGUGGAAGCCCGUGUGAGCACCCUGGGCCAGAUGGUGAACAUGCACAUGGAGAAGGUGGCCCGGCGGGAGAUUGGCACCUUGGCCACGGUCCAGCGGCUGCACCCCGGCCAGAAGAUCAUCGCCCCCGAGAGCCUCCCUCCCCUGGCGCCCUACUUCCGGAAACCCCUCAACUUCGGCUGCCUGGAUGACAUCGGCCAUGGGAUCAAGGAUCUGAGCACCCAGCUGUCGAGGACCGGGACUCUGUCACGAAAGAGCAUCAAGGCGCCUGCCACACCCACCUCUGCGGCUCUGGGGCGCUCGCCCCGGAUCCCGGAGCCCGUGCAGCUCCCGGUGGUGCCCGAUGGCAGGCUCUCCGCCGCCUCCUCCGCCUCCUCCCUGGCCUCUGCUGGCAGCGCUGACGGUGCCGGAGGGGCCUCCACGCCCAAGGGGCAGGCAGCACCCCCGCCCCCUCCGCUCCCCAGCUCCACGGCCCCACCCGCUCCGCCGGCCUCCGACGGCGGCGGCCUGCCGCCCCCUCUGGCCCCAGAGCUGCCCCCUCCGCCCCUGGACCUGCCCCCUCCGCCAGUCCUGGACGCGGAGGAACUGGAACUGCCGCCCCCUCCUCCACCGGGCUUUGGGCCCGAGGAGCCCAGCUGGGCCCCUGCCUCGUACUUGGAGAAAGUGGUCACGCUGUACCCGUACGCCGGCCAGAAGGACAACGAGCUCUCCUUCCCGGAGGGCACGGUCAUCUGCAUCACCCGCCGCUACUCCGACGGCUGGUGCGAGGGCGUCACCGCGGAGGGCGCCGGCUUCUUCCCGGGCAACUACGUGGCGCCCAGCUGCUGA